UUCCUAGCAACAGGCAGAGCCCUUCACAGUGUACAGGUGCUCUUCUAGGGCGGCUAAGGUAAUUCGAAUUUCUUAGUUGCUUUCAAGGUAACAACAGUAACUUGCGGCGUUCGUGUCUCUCCCAUUUUCAACAUAUUUCUGGGUAAACAAGAGUUUGUCAAUGCAGCACUUUUACAGCGAAUUAAGUUAUCAGUGAAGCUUGCCUUGAGAAUCCGAGUUCACUAACGGGCGUCUUUGCACAGAUACCAUGGACUUUAAGGUAUCAGAAAGGAAAAAAUCAUCACAAGAGCCCAAGACUAUCGAAAAUUAUAUGAAUGGCAAAUUGCUAAGAAGAGAAGUAGCAGAACAAUAUGGAACAUUUUCUGUAGAAAAAAUAAAAGAAUUUGAAAAAGAGCUAAACAAAGGUGGCAAUAGGGAUGCUUCUGCUGCAAGCCCUAAACAGAGACUGAUUGAUGAUCUUCUGGCAAGGCGAAAAAUUGUUCAGUUUGACAAAGAAAUGAACGAAGUUAGUGAUGAGAGGAAACUUAAAAGAAGAAAGGACUUUGUGAUGAACAAUCUUCAGGCACUUCAACUAGAGGCAGGGCACCAUGAAUUUAUUGUGCCCCUGAAGCAGUUGGAGGAAGAGCAAGAACUUUGGGCUCGGAUACAACAGCAACUGGAGAGUCUGCCAGCCAUGGAGGCCAAAGUUAAUAACAUGAGAAAGCUACUUCAAAUGCAGGAUAAAUCUGAAGGAAUGGAGCCAAACAGCCUCAAAAUGGUUCAUCAGUUGCUAGGGGAAAUAGUGGAGGAAGUAACUGAUGAUAAUCCUCAUAUGCCAGAAGCAAGAGAUCACUUCACUAUGUUUUCUUGGAAAAAGAAGCAGCCCAUUGACAGAGUUCUACAAGAGGAGCAAACAAACAGAAUAUUUAACCUUAUUAUGGAGCAGAUUGUAUUAGAGUGUACUCUGGAUUUAUCAAAAGAAAUUGUUCAGGAGUUAUAUAACGUAGAGAAAAUGUGUAGAGCUUUAUCUUUUGAGGUUAUUCUGAAUUCUGCAAAGGAAGCUGCCAAAGUUAAACAUUCUACUGGGACUGUGUACUCGUCUGUAUCACUUGAGGAACUAAGUCAAAUACUGCUCAAGCAGCAACUAGACAGGCAUCAGCAUAGGGAAGAAACCUGGGAUCACAUGGAAAAAAAAGUGCACAAGUAGUUCUCAGCAAGUAGCAAUUUACUACUGACCGAGGAUCCACCAGCUGGAGUAUUUUUGUUAUUGUUUCAAA